AUGAUGACUGAUCUAGAUCUCGUUCUGGGCAAGUCCCAGUAUGCCCUCUUUUGUGGAAUCACUCUUUUCUCCUUUUUCGUUUUGAAGUACUCCCUUCUUGACAACAGUGGGAAAAAGUACCCAUACAUCAAUCCGAAAAAACCAUUCGAGUUUUCCAACCAACGUGUCGUUCAAGACUUCAUCGAGAACGCCAAGGACAUCCUCGUCAAAGGUCGAUCCUUGUACAAAAACACACCGUACAAGGCACACACAGACUUGGGAGAUGUUCUGGUAAUUCCGCCCGAGUAUGCCGAAGCUCUCAAGAGUGAACGUAAACUGGACUUUUCCGAAGUUGCCAAGGAUGAUACUCAUGGCUAUAUCCCUGGUUUUGAACCUAUUGGGUCCCCGUUCGAUUUAGUCCCGCUUGUGAACAAAUACCUGACAAGAGCGUUGGCCAAACUGACGAAACCUCUUUGGGUUGAGGCUUCUUUGGGGGUGGACAAUGUUCUUGGUAACUCGACAGAAUGGCACCCGAUCAACCCUGGAGAAGAUAUAAUGCGAAUAGUUUCCCGUAUGUCCUCGAGAGUCUUUAUGGGCGAAGAGCUCUGCGCGGACGACGACUGGCUCAAAGUGUCAAUCGAAUACACCGUCCAGCUCUUCCAGACCGCCGAUGGUCUCCGUAACUAUCCUCGUUGGGCCAGACCCUACGUUCACUGGUUCCUACCAUCCUGCCAAAGCGUACGAAGGAAGCUGCAAGAAGCUCGUGACCUACUCCAACCGCAUAUCGAGCGUCGAAAGGCUGCUAAACAAGAGGCCAUUGCUGAGGGACGACCAUCGCCUUUUGAUGACUCGAUCGAAUGGUUCGAGAAGGAGUAUGAUGGAAAGUCAGACCCUGCUACUGAGCAGAUUAAACUUUCUCUCGUGGCGAUUCACACGACGACUGAUCUACUAAUGGAGACAAUGUUCAACAUUGCUAUACACCCCGAACUACUUGGUCCUCUGAGAGAAGAACUUGUUACUGUACUCAGUACUGAGGGACUCAAGAAGACAUCGUUGUAUAACUUGAAGCUCAUGGAUAGUGUUAUCAAGGAAUCCCAAAGACUUAGACCUGUCGGCCUAGGCUUGUUCAGAAGAAAGGCCCUGGCAGAUAUAAAACUUCCUAACGGCGACGUAAUCAAGAAAGGCACCAAGAUAAUCUGUGACACGACUCAUCAAUGGAACUCCGAAUACUAUCCAGACGCCUCCAAGUUCGACGGGUACCGCUUUUUGCGCAUGCGCCAGACGCCCGGCCAGGAUAAACACGCGCAUCUCGUCAGCACCAGCCACGAUCAAAUGGGUUUCGGACAUGGCAUACACGCUUGUCCGGGCCGCUUCUUUGCCGCUAACGAGAUCAAGAUUGCAUUGUGUCAUAUGCUGCUUAAGUACGACUGGAAGAUGCCUGAGGGCGUUGUGCCCAAGUCGAAGGCGCUUGGAACGACUCUUCUGGGGGAUCGGGAGGCGAAGUUGAUGGUUAAACGGCGGGAAGUGGAAGUCGAUAUUGAUGCUAUUGAGGGUAACGAGUGA